UAAAAUACAAUUUAGUCUAAAGACUAUGACUAAAACUAAAUAAAGAUUUGCUGUCAAAAUUAACACUGGAAUGAAUGAAUAGCCAUGAUUCUGGGGAUUCUGAGAAUCAUAACCACGCGCACGAUCAUUUAUAUGCAGACGCGGUAAAACAGUCAGUUUGAGGGAAGUGGAGGUAUUUACAGCUGAACAGAGUGAACGUCGAUAGUCCAAUAAUAAUGUUAGAAACCUACCUAACAAUUUCAAGGAAAAAGUAGGAGGAGAAAAGGAGGAGCAGGAGGUGGGGACUGAGUGAACAACAACAUGACACUCCGAUAAAAACCCAAGACCAGCGGUUUCAGUCACUUUUUGUCUGAAGCUCAUAGUCUGAGUUAACAUCCAGUAGAGCAAAGUGGUAAUAUUUUCUCAAAAAACAGAGUAAGCAGCAGUUAAGGGCCCAAUCCUAACCACAGAGUCCUAACCCGCUUGGACACACAUCAUACCAACUGAAAUCUGGGAGGGUGAACAAACCACAACCCUGAACAAACAGAUCUGAUCUUAGUGUGAAUACAGUCUUCAUUUCCACCAAGUGCCAACAGCAGCAGCAUUGACAGAAGAAAUGGCCGGCAGAACUACAGAGCAAGAGAGACCUCUUCACAUUCUUAAUGUCAACAUUAAUGGACUGAAAGAAAAUGGCAACAAACUCUUUAAAGAACCAGAAAGAUCUGAAAAUGAGGUUGAUGUUGUUUUACUAACAGAGACUCACAUUGGAGAAAAUGAUACUUUGGAAAAUUAUGAGAACGAUUGGAGAUUAUUCUUCACACGCUAUAAUUCCAAGUCCAAAGGAGCUGCAAUUCUGGUGAAUAAAAAAAGAGACUUCAGACCUUUAGAUGAAAUUGUUGAUGAAAGCGGCAAUUAUGUGAUUGUGAGUUGCUGGAUAUCAGGAACGUUUUGCACUUUUGUAAGUGUGUAUCACCACCAAGAAGAAACAGGACUUCUCAAGAAACUGUCUGAAAAAAUAAAGCCCCUGUACACUGAUAUUCUUGUGGUUGGGGGCGACUUCAACACUGCACUUGAUGAAGAGGAAGACACAACGAGUCAAAGUGACAAUGAUGAUCAUAUCAGAAUAAGGAAGGAGCUGCUGCCCUUCAUGGAUGAACAUGACCUUAUAGAUGCCUGGAGAGAGAAACACCCUGAUGAUAGAGAGUACACUUAUAAAUAUCAGCGCAACCAUGUAAUGUAUUACAGCAGGUUAGACUACAUCUUCAUUAAUGCUAAGAAAAAGAAGCUGAUCCAUGACUGCAAACACAACAACUAUAUAUCUGAUCAUCGGCCUGUUUCACUGUUCCUUGAUUUGAAAGAUCAAACCCGAGAACUUAAGAUUUUGUCUUGCAGAGUGCAAGACCUGCCAAGUGAUAAAGACCUUGCAGAAUUAUGCCCUGACAUUAUUCUCUUAACAAAGGGGCCGGCUGAAAAUGAAGAAUAUAUUAAAAAACUAAAAGAAGAAGAACAAAGAGAAGAAGAGAGAUGGAAUGUGCUCUGGUCAAGUCAGAGUAACGCUGCCAUUCUGGUGGCAGAGAGACAAAGGGACAUACACAUUUUAUUCACUGUUUAUCAUGAAGAUUAUGUGAUUUUGCACUGCAUAGUCUUUGGCAGGCUUCACACUUUUGUAAGUGUAUGUCAUCCUAAAGGAACUCGCAAAAAUGUCCAGGACAUGUUACAAGAAAUAACGCCCAGUUAUUCAGGAACCAAAGUUAUUGGUGGAAUCUUCAGCAUCAAAAAAAAAAUAAAUAAGACAUUAAUAGAAGAUCAUAGCUUUCAAAAACUUGUGGAUGAAUCCAGGAAAUUGCCCUUCUUAAUUCAUCCUCAUUUGGGUAAAACCUAUAAAAUCGAAAAACAAAUUUCGUAUUUUUCAUUGAUUUUGCCAAAUAUUAACCCUCAGAAUGUUAAUAAUUUCAUUCAGUCACUGGGUCAACUUAAGAUUCACCGUUGCUUCUCAGCUGUUACAAAACAAUAUUGAGGAAAACUUAUUAUAAAAGACUACUCUGUGGAAAAAAACUAUUGUCUUGAAUUCUAAAAUAAGUUUAACCAAAUCAUUCCCCCCCAGACACACGAUUUCAGAUUUUUGCAACAACACUGACAAGGUGCCGGUCGGUAUAUUUCAAGAAAUGUAACAAUAGGAUGAAAAAAAUCCUAGUGGACAAAAUCACUUGUGAGAACCUCCAUUACAAAGACUGGGAUCUCUGAAGGACACACUUUCCGCAGCAAGGGGCACCUUCCAAAGAUGAUGUCUUAAGGCUGGUGUAUAUUUUUUGCAGUGAAUUGAUGCCGUAAGUACGGUGCCAAAGGCCGCCCCUUACAGUGGCUGCUUACAGACAGCAGUGACUGCCUUUGAACAAUGAUGCUGCCCACAUUCUAGAAUGGCUACAUAGCCUUUGAUGCAUCACUUAUAAUGAGCAAUUACAUAAGAAAUCCUAAUUUCAUUAUUCUACCUGUAUGUUAAACAAGAAAAUUUAGGAUGAAAAGCUUCAGCUAAGUACAGCAACUCUAAGCUGCUCUUAGUGCGUGUAAGUGAGAGAUGGUGUAAGAGAGAGAUGGUGAAAAUGAGAGAUGAUGUAAGUGAGAGAUGGUGUAAGAGAGAGAUGGUGAAAAUGAGAGAUGAUGUAAGUGAGAGAUGGUGUCCUACACCAUAUUGGCCUCCCACCUGGAAUAUCUCCUGCCUGAUGCUCAACUUACAGUUCCUGGAUCAUCAUGAACAUAAGGAGAUUGCAGGCUUCUGAAGACAGACGGACAGAAACUAAUAAACGAAACACGAAGGACACCAUUUAUUUGACACGGUGUAAUACAAUGUAUCAUACAUUACAUAUCUGUAACGUGAAUGUAUUACCUUUUUUAAAAAAAAAAAUCUAUACAUCAAAACAUUCAGCUAUCUACCAACUGCUUAUCCAGUAUGGGGUUGUGGGUUUAAUGGAUACAGGGACAAUUUCAUAAUUAGGAUGUUUAUGAUUAAUAUGCUAAUUCUUAGUAUUGUAACGUAAAAGUUUCAUAGCUAAAAAUUCUAAAAUUAUAACUUAAAAUCAGAAUUUGACCUGAUCUGUCGCUUUGUCAUUAUAGGCUACUGUGUCUGUUAAUUUGUUGGGAUAUUAAAUUUUUAAGGAUGUAAAUAUGUAACACCUUGUUGGGAUAUUUUUAUGUCUUGUGUACUAUGUGGAGCAGGGAUGCACUUUUAUACACGCUGUCCUUGUUGUGUGUCUAUAACUCUACUAUCACUGUGGGGACUCCGUCUGUGAAAUAUAAACGUAGAUGUAAGUAACCUGCUAUAACUCCUGCCUUAUUGUUUAGGAUCGCGGUUAUGGGGGCUUCAUGUUUACCUGGGAUGUUCAAAGUGUGUGUGUGUUGGAAA